AUGUUACUAGCCUUAUCGCCCUAUUCCACAUAUGCAAUGACCACCCCUCGAUCAUCAUCACCUCUCAAUCCCAAUCCCAAUGUCAGAUCCUCAUCACCAUUAUCAUCACCUACACCCGGCUCAUCCAGUUCAAGAUACCAGUCGUUCUCGCUUCCUUCCCCAUCGUCGUACAGAUCAGCCCCUAGCGGUGCGGCCCAGCUAAGAUCGCCGAGAUAUGUACGACCGUCCAAAAGACCUUCUCUACCAUCUUCUUCGACCACCACCACAGGAUCAGACCUGUUCUCUGAGGGGACGACCCCGAUGGAAGGUCUAAUGUGGAGAGAGAAGUUUAGUCGGCGCGUAGAAGCUAGAGAAAAGAGAAAAGCAGAUAGGAAUAAUGAAUUGGAUAAGCGGAGGGGUUUGAGUGGGAGUGUAAAGAGGGAGAUGAGUGUAGAAGAGGAGGAAGAACAGGAUAGGAAAGCUCAAGAGGAUGAUGAGGAGAUAUUCCGUCGUCUGGUAAUUCUGCAACGCAAGAAAUCCCAACAUGCUUCCCUCGUAUCUCACGAGAUAGAAACUGGCGGAUCUGAUCCACUCACACCUGAAUUCUGGGAAGAUGAAUUAGAGGAAUUGCAAAAGGAAGAAAGGGAAUUGAUGAAUAGGUUGGAUGAUCAGAGUCAUGCGGAUCAUCAGCAUCAGAACCAAACGUCCUCUUCUACAAUGAAUAAUAAUCAACAUGUAAAUCAGGAGGAAUCGGACGAGGAAUGGGAAAUACAAGCUGCUUUAGCUGAGCAGGAAGAAAUGGAAUUGGAGGAAAUCAAUUUCGCAGAUCAGGUGGAAAAGGCUUAUUACGCUCAUCAAUCUCAAUCACAUCAACCCUCAGAUAAUAAUGUUCAUACGGGGAAUAUGGACGUGGAUAUGGAUGUGGAUCUAGAUUCGCAGGUGAAUUGGGAUGCUUUUGAUUCAAUGGACAUUGAAUGA